UCAUUUUUAAAUCUGAGAAAUAAAGGAAAGAAGAACCUUGAAGUUGCAACACAUCGAAAAAGCAUGAUCCAUCUAGAUGUCCUGGAAGCAGCAGGGCGUGUGGAGGGCUUGCCCCUGUCCUCCCCUCAAACCCUGUCGGAACCAGAUGAGGAGGUUGAACUGGGUCAGGGUCUAAAAAGAAGAGGACGCUACCGUCAUAGCCUGCAGCUGCUCAAACCCUUCAGAAUCACCAACAAACAUCAGCACCCUGUAGACAAUGCUGGGCUGUUUUCCUUUAUGACUUUGCAAUGGCUUUCUCCACUGGCAUGGAAAGCACACAAAGCAUCCAGUCUCAGCAUGGACGAUGUGUGGGGACUGUCAUGUCAUGAGGCAUCAGAGACUAACAGCCAAAGGCUGGAGUCGUUGUGGCUGGACGAAGUAAAAAGGAAAGGCAGAGAUGGAGCUUCUCUCUCCCGGGUCUUCUGGAGGUUCUGUCAGACCCGAAUGCUUGUAGCCAUUUUCUCUCUCCUCAUCACCAUGGUGGCAGGCUUUGUCGGACCUGCUCUGCUGGUGCGAGCUUUACUUGAGUAUUCCCAGAGUCAAGAGACCUGGCUGCUGUAUGGGCUGGUUCUGGUAGUGGGGAUAUUCCUUAUGGAACUCGCCCGUUCCUGGUCGCUGGCCCUAAUGUGGGCUGUGAAUUACCGCACAGCUUGCCGUCUCCGGGGAGCAGCAUUAACCCUCGCCUUCCACAAAAUCCUGCGGCUGCGCAGCUCCAAAGACAUAAGCACUGGGGAGCUGGUGAACAUCUGUUCCAGUGAUGGGCAGAGACUGUAUGAAGCUGUAUCAGUAGGCUGCCUCCUGGCUGGAGGCCCACUGGUAGGGAUCCUGGGGCUGGCCUACACCACCUACUUCUUAGGACCAACUGCUCUUGUCGGCUCUGCAAUCUUCAUAAUCUUCUACCCAUCUAUGAUGCUAGCUUCCCGUCUUACAGCGUAUUUCCGGAGGAAAUGUGUGGUGGUUACCGAUCGUAGAGUCAGACUCAUGAAUGAGAUCCUUGGAUGCAUUAAAUUCAUUAAAAUGUACUGCUGGGAGUUAGCCUUUGCCACCAAUAUCCAGAAGGUGAGAACAGAAGAGAAGGGGAUAUUGGAGAGGGCAGGUUACGUCCAGAGUCUGACUGUUGGUGUGGCUCCAAUCGUUGUGGUCAUUGCCAGUGUGUGUACAUUCACUGUUCACAUGGCCUUGGGCUAUGACCUCACUGCUGCCCAGGCUUUCACAGUUGUUGCUGUUUUCAACUCCAUGACCUUUGCCCUCAAGGUCACACCCUUGGCAGUUCGUUCCCUGUCAGAAGGAGCAGUUGCAGUCAGUAGAUUCCAGAGACUGCUCAUGAUGGAGGACAGGGAGGAGAUCUCAGUGAAGACGGAGGAUCCUGAGAAUGUGGUGGAGUUCAAGGACGCCACGCUGGCAUGGGAUAAGCCUCGGGGUCCGUCAAGUAAACGCGGAGGUCAGGGGCCACAGAAACAGCGCAAAAGUGGGGGCAUGAAAAGGGUCCUACGGAGAGAGAAACUCAGUCUGUAUAUCAUCAGUGAGGAGGGCAAAGGUCAGGAUGAGGCACCUAAUGCAGAGCAUCUCCUCAAACACAUGGAGCAGGAGAGUCCUCAGAGCACCAUCUCUUCUACCCAUAGCAUCCGCCCACCACUGCACAAAACCCUCCACCGCAUCCAUUUGCACAUUAAAAAGGGGGCGCUGGUGGGAUUCUGUGGUGGUGUGGGCAGUGGAAAGAGCUCUCUACUUUCUGCUCUAUUGGGACAGAUGACACUUCUCGGGGGGUCACUGGCGGUCAGCGGGGGUUUUGCCUAUGUGGCCCAACAGGCCUGGAUUCUCAAUGACUCCCUGAGAGAGAACAUUCUGUUUGGAAAAGAGUACAAUGAAGAAAAAUACAACUCAGUAUUGGAAGCAUGUUGUUUAAUGCCAGAUAUCGCUGAGCUGCCUUAUGGGGACAUGACAGAGAUAGGGGAACGUGGUGCUAACCUCAGCGGUGGCCAACGCCAGAGGGUGAGCCUGGCGCGGGCUCUGUACAGUGAUAGGCCCAUUCUCCUGUUGGAUGACCCACUCAGUGCGGUUGAUGCCCAUGUUGGCGCACAUCUCUUCCACAGUGCGAUCCGUAGAGCUGCCCCUGGAAAGACUGUGUUGUUUGUCACACACCAGCUGCAGUACCUAGUGGAGUGCGAUGAGGUGGUGCUGAUGAAAGAUGGACAGAUUGCGGAGCACGGCACCCAUGCCCAGUUGAUGGGGAGACAGCGAGAUUACGCUGCUCUGUUCAACAGCAUCCAGCAGGAGAACAUAGUGCGAAAAAAUUUAAAGAACAAACAGAGGACAGAGAAUGAGAAGAGCCAACUUUCAUCCUACACGGUCAAAUCUCACAGACCUUCCACAGAGAGUAAGAAAGACCAGCUGAUGCAGGCAGAGGAGAAAGGUUCUGGAGCCGUGGCCUGGUCUGUGUAUGCUGCCUAUAUAAAGGCAGCCGGGGGCCCUCUCCCCUUCAUCUGCAAUAUUCUCCUCUUCCUUUUCACCACAGGCAGCAUCGCCUUCAGUAACUGGUGGCUGAGUCAUUGGAUCAAACAGGGUAGUGGGAACGCGUCGUUAUCACUGGGGAAUGAAACUGUGCCCAAUGACAGCAUGCGGCUGAACCCACACAUCCAGUACUACUCGUUUGUGUAUGCGCUAUCCAUGGGGGCUGUGCUCUUUCUCAAAACUAUGCGGGGUCUCGUCUUUGUCAAGUGCACUGUUCGAGCAGCCUCAGCCUUGCAUGAUAAGUUGUUUCAGACACUUCUCCGCAGCCCCAUGAGUUUCUUCGACACCACACCACUGGGACGCAUACUUAACAGAUUCUCCAGGGACAUGGACGAAGUUGAUGUUCGUCUGGCCAUGCAGGCAGAGAUGUUGCUCCAGAACCUAACCCUAGUGCUGUUCUGCCUGGGUGUGGUUUGCGCCGUGUUUCCGUGGUUUCUUUUCUCGAUCAUUCCACUUGGUGCCUUCCUCUUCCUCGUCAACCGCAUCUCUAGGGUGCUGAUUCGUGAACUGAAACGGCUGGAGAAUAUUAGCCAAUCGCCUUUCACCUCUCACAUCACCAGCAGUUUGCAGGGUCUGUCCACUAUCCAUGCCUAUGGAAGGAGGAGGGAUUUCCUGCACAGGUACCAGGCCUUGCUGGACACUAAUCAGGCCUCUCAUUACCUGUUCAGCUGUGCCAUGCGUUGGCUUGCAGUCCGUCUGGAUCUCAUCAGUAUAACCCUCAUCACUGCCGUAGCCACUCUCAUCGUCUUUAUGCAUGGGCGCAUCCAACCUGCUUACGCUGGUCUCGCCAUCUCUUACGCUGUUCAGCUAACAGGUCUGUUUCAAUUCACUGUGAGGCUGCUGUCAGAGACAGAGGCUAGAUUCACCUCAGUGGAGCGGAUCAAUCAUUACAUAAAGAAUCUGGAGUCAGAAGCCCCAAGGCGACUUGAGGGCCCCUCUGCUGUGGAAUCGUCCUGGCUACAGAAAGGACAAAUCAGCUUCCAGAAUGUGGAGAUGCACUAUCGAGACGAGCUGCCUCUCGUCCUGAAAAAGCUCUCUUUUGAUAUCCAGCCGGAGGAGACGGUGGGCAUUGUCGGCAGAACUGGAUCAGGGAAGUCAUCCCUGGGUGUCGCCCUCUUCAGACUGGUAGAACUGAGCGGGGGAUCCAUCAUUAUUGAUGGUGUCAACAUUGCUCACAUAGGCCUGGAGGACUUGAGAAGCAAGUUGUCAGUCAUUCCUCAGGAGCCUGUACUCUUCAUUGGCACUGUCAGGUCAAACCUGGACCCCUGGAGUCAGUACACUGAUGCAGAGAUCUGGGAAGCUCUGGAAAGGACACAUAUCAAAGACAUGGUAAGCCAGUUGCCUAAUUCGCUACACUCUGAAGUGACGGAGAACGGGGAGAACUUCUCAGUGGGAGAGAGACAGUUGCUGUGUGUGACCAGAGCUCUACUCAGACACAGCAAGAUCCUCCUACUGGAUGAAGCCACAGCUGCCAUUGAUACAGAGACCGACAGACUUUUACAGGAGACCAUUCGCUGUUCCUUUAAAGGCUGCACUACACUCAUCAUCGCUCAUCGCCUCAAUACUGUCCUCAGCUGCGAUAGAGUCAUGGUGCUGGACCAGGGACAGAUUUUGGAAUUUGAUGCACCAUCAACCUUACUGGCAAAUGAGAACUCAAGGUUCCGUGCAAUGAUGGAGGCAGCGGAUGGGAAACGCAACCAAUCAGAACAGAGCUGAAUGAGCUCAAAUGAGCCAGUGAAGCAUCGCCAGUCUCUGUACACAACAAAACAAGGAAACUCUGGAUGGAGCCAUGGCAUAACUGUUAUAAACAAGUCCAGAGAAUUCUUUCAAUCACAAUAUAAAUAUCAUUGAGUAAGCUGCUAGAGGAGGAAGCAUUCUUUGUAUUUUAAGACAAAAUAAUUACGUAUAUAAUUUGCACACAUUUUGAAAUCGUAAAACUACUGUUUUUAU